AACAGGAGACAGGCGCGCGCGAGCCGCUGCAGCCCGUGUCUUUAAGCGCAGGAGACGACUGUGUUUUAUGAGAUGUAGCCUCACUGGCAAGGAAACACAAAUCUGUCGCCAGGAUCGCUCCAAACCCACCUGCUCACCGUCAGCGAAGGCAGGAAGGACGGAAGGGCUUGGGAUGCCGAUGGUUUCGUCUGAGGGGCGAGUGGAAAGGAAAGUUCAGUGUGUUUUUGCUUGACGUUUCUUGUGAUUUCGCCCCCUUCGCCGAGGCUUAGAACCAGCCGACCUCCACAUCUACAGAAACGCUUUCCUUAAGAUCCACCGGCUGUUAAGACCCCCGCCCAGAGGGACCGAAACAGUUCAGAAAUCUUAAGAAAUGGACCGAGAUAAUCCGAGCCAAAGCCAGACGCGAAAGGACAACCCAGAUGGAGGAGCGGAGGCUUCAUCAGCUCCAGCGUCAGAAACAGCACCUCCUGCCACUGCGUCCACCGCUGCCCGGCCUGCAGCUCCUUCCAGGCCCCGGCGGCCGCAGAGAAGCGCCAAAGUAGAGGGCUCCAUCGACAUCUCUGAGCCCAAAGAUGAUCCCAAAGCUGAACCUGCUACAGUGUCUAAUGAAGGAGAGUGCGCUCCGGAUGGCGUUGUGGCAAGUCGUCCCAAACCCUCUCGCCCUGCAGCAGUCAAACCUGCAGGAGAGCACACCGGGCCCAGUGUUAAAGUGGGGCCUAAAGGUCCAGGCCACCACCCGGUUCGGGCUGCGUCAGUGCCCCACCCACCUGCGAGCAGGCCUGUGCCUCCCCACCUGAACCCCCAUGCACAGAGAGCCCUGUCUGUAGCAGGUACAGCUGAUACUCAGGCGCAGAUUGUGGAGGACUUCAGGGUGCACAUCAUCACCUGGAACGUGGGCUCGGCCACUCCGCCUGAUGACAUCACUACCUUGCUGGGUCUCAACGUGGGUGAUGGAAACACAGACAUGUACAUUAUCGGGCUGCAGGAAGUGAAUUCUAUGAUUAACAAACGGCUGAAAGAUGUCCUCUUCACAGACCAGUGGAGCGAGGUCUGCAUGGAAAGACUCAGCCCCUUUGGUUAUGUGCUGGUGACCUCCCAGCGGAUGCAGGGCUUGUUACUGCUGGUCUUUGCCAAGUACUUCCAUCUGCCCUUCCUCCGCGGAGUCCAGACUGAAACCACCCGCACUGGCCUCGGGGGUUACUGGGGGAAUAAAGGUGGUGUGAGCGCCCGCAUGUCAGUGUUCGGCCACACCAUCUGCUUCCUCAACUGCCACCUGCCGGCUCACAUGGAAAACUCUGAUCAGCGCAUGGAGGACUUUGAGAGCAUCCUGCAGCAGCAGCAGUUUGAGGGUCAGGCUGCCACCGGGGUUCUUGACCAUGAUGUGGUGUUCUGGUUUGGGGAUCUCAAUUUCCGCAUUGAUGACCUGGAUAUGCAAGUGGUGAAAUCAGCCAUCGAUAACAACAAGUUUUCAUCGUUGUGGGAAAAGGAUCAGCUUAACAUGGCCAAAGACAGUGAGACAGUGUUGGAGGGUUUCCAAGAGGGACCGCUGAAAUUCCCUCCCACCUACAAGUUUGAUGUUGGAACAAAUACAUACGACACAAGUGGGAAGAAACGUAAACCAGCUUGGACCGACCGGAUCCUGUGGCGCCUGAGAGCCACAGCGCCUGCCGGUACAGCUCUCAGCGCAGGGAAGCGUGGCUCUGUUUCAGGGCUGACGAGCGGCACCAAAGUUACCCAGCACAACUACCGAAGUCACAUGGAAUACACUGUCAGUGACCACAAGCCGGUCUCCUCCAUCUUUACCCUGCAGUUCCCGUACAAGGUGGACGUUCCCCUGGUCACGCUCAUAGUGGAGGAUGAAUGGAAUAGUGUCACUGAUGCCACAGCAAAAUUCAGACUGGCGCCCAACUUCUCUCGCAGCUCCUGGGACUGGAUCGGACUGUACAAGGUGGGUUUCAAACACCAUAAGGACUAUGUGGGAUACGUGUGGGCCAAGCAAGAGGAAGCUGAUUUUCAUCGACAAGAACAUCAGGUGACCUUUACUGAGGAGGAAUUGCCCAAAGGCUCAGGGGACUUUAUCUUGGGUUACUAUAGCAACAACAUGAGUACCAUCGUGGGUGUAACAGAGCCAUUUCAGAUCCAGCUUCCUACAUCAGGUCUUGACAACAGCUCUUCAGACAGCUCUGACUUCAGCUCAGAAGAUGACAGCACUGUUGUACUCAUGAAGACAAAGUCGCGCAGUCCCAGUCCAUACAGGAGCAAGCGCCAUCACAGCCGUAGCCGCAGCCGCUCUGGCAGCCCUGAGCAGGCCAAAAUGAAAGCUCUCAACGUCACUGAUGAUUCUCCAUGCAGUGCCAAUACAACAUCUGAGAAUGAGUCCACAGGAUGUCCAGCAGAGGGCAGCACCAGCCAGGUGUCUGCUCCUGGAGAGAAAGAAAAAGACACAGGGGAUUCAGGGCUGUGAUGCUCGACCGAGUCCCACUGCUGUCAAAGGUCACAUAGCCAACUGUUGUGUUUUUUUUAUUAAAUACAUCCACUACACUGUAUGUUUUCUGUAAUGAAAAGAUACAGUUUCCUUUCAGGAACAGCCAUCUGGUUUGUCCAGAAGGCCUACUUUGCCUUCAGUUGUUCUAUUAAGCUGUGCACAUUGUAUUAUAUUGUAUUUUUUUAUUUGUAAAUCUUUCACUCUGCCCUGUGUUUCUUCUGUCUUUGUCCGUUCUCAGGUGUGGACAGUACAGGGAGCUGACACCUUGCAUUAGGAAAUACUCAAGGAUUUAUGGUCAUGUAAUGUGAAGGGGUGGUUAUUUAUUAAUUUUUAGAAACCAUCCUCCCUGUUUCUCAAACAUGGUUUCAAACUCUGCACUGAUGUACCCAUCAAAUCACCAGUUUCCUUUAGUUGUGGAACAUGUAUCGUUUAUGAAACAGAUCUGCUCUGACCAAGAGGACCAUAAACACUUUUGAAAAAUUUAUUUUAUUCCAAAACAUUGUAUGAGAACACCACCAGCUUGGUCUACAGUCAAUAAAAAUACAACACGCUGAAAAAAAUAGCCAUGCAGUUUGACUUGGCAGCAUGGUUGUACUCAUGUGGAUGUUCCCUGCCUUGGAAAUUUAAUAUGCAUUACACAGUAACAUGAUACAUUACAUGCAGGUAGCAUUUAAAAUGAUCCCUGCAUGGGUGCAUAAAAGCAAAGCAGAACCAAAGUGGGUGGAGACGGGGGGUCCGGGGGUGCUCGACCACUAAGCGUGACAGCAUUGCAGCACAGUGCAGCAUGAAGAGUAAAUGAUGUGAGUGUAAAGGCCUUUAAAUAGACUGCCAAAUCAGUGCAGUGGGGUGUGAUGGGUGGGUGAAACUAACUGUCACCUGACACUGCAUAGCUUUCAUGCCAGAACUAGUUCAUUAAUUAGAGUGGUAACAGCUAGAGGAAUAUGUGACCCAGGAAAGGUGCAAUGCUUUGCUUUGACACAUACAUUUAUGUGAGUUAAUGAGCCUUAUGUUUUCACAUUUCAUAGCAGUAUAGUGAUUUGUUGAAGUAAUUUACAAAA